UUUUUCUAUAUAAAGAGAAGUCUGUUAGUCUGUGGUACAUUCUUCUUUCAGUGAACUCUCACCAUGAAGAUUGUAUUGCUCCUAGUUAGCUGCCUGUGUGCCGUUGUCUUCUGUCAGAACACUACGCCCGAUGGAUUGAACCGUUACCGAAGGGAUAUUAAGUAUGAUAAAUACUUAAUGAACGUUGAAAUACCUGGAAGUGUCAUUACGAAAACAUGGUUUAUUGAAGUCAAGUACUGUUACGUACCACUCCACACCUAUAUCGACAUUCACAGAAACAUGUCGCUCAAAGACUGUGCUUACCAAUGUCUUCUUACGCACGGUUGUCGGUCAUUCGAAUUUGGGAGAAAGAAUAACAACUGUUUCCUCUCUUACCACAAUGGGCAACAAACCAAGGCCAAAUACAGCCACUAUAGAGAUUUCUACCAGUUGCUUAACCCUAAUGAAGAAUAUAUCAAGAUACUCGGAGUUUCAAUCAGAGAUCAUGACCUGGAGAGACUACGCAACGUCAGUGUGGAAGAAUGUCUUGAUAAAUGCAGGACUUUGCCAUACUGUAAUGUGAUGGAAUACAAAAAACAGCAUAACAAAUGUGACUUAUCGAACGUGACUUAUUCUAAAUAUCCGCUCAGUGUGAACUUCUUUGGUUGGGACUUCUACCAGAAGAAUCCGAAAAAACCGCCUCUCAAGGGCAAAAAUUGCAAAUGUUCAGCUUCUGGAGAUCCUCACUACCGAACCUUUGACGGCCAACUGAUCCACUUUAUGGGAACGUGCAAAUAUACUUUGGCAAGAUCUCUGCAAUCCAAAGGCGCUAGAUUUUUCAAUGUUGAAGUGAAGAACGAAAACAGAGGUAACAAGAAAGUGUCUUACACCCGUAUGGUUGACAUUAUUCUGAACGGUGUCCGUAUCCGUUUAUUGCCAAAACUCAAGAUGAGGAUGUGA